AUUCAUUGCAACCGGAAACGUCGACUCCAUGCGCACAUAGAAGUCGAGAAUCGACAAUAUUGAAGGCCUUUGACACGGAAAAAAAUAUAAUUUUUCAGUAAAACUUGAGAGACAGUAUCUAGAAUUCAUGAUAUUCGUUCUAGAAGAAUGGGUAAACCAAAGAACAAAGGGAAAAAGGGGCAGGAUGAAGAGUUUGAUGAUGAUAUUCCAGACCCAGUCUUAAAUUCAGAAAAAGCAAACGAGGAAAAUGUUAAACCAGCAACAAAGUCAGCAGGAAAAAAGAAGAGCAGGAGGAAAAAGGAUGAUGAUGAUUGGGAGGAUGAUGUUGCUGCUGAACUAGCUGCAUUGUCGAUGGAGAAUAAAGUUGAUGGAGUCAAUGGAGAGGAGCAAGAGGAGGAACCAGUGUAUGCCCCAAAGAAAAAAGACAAGAAGAAAAAUAAGGCCAAAGUAGAUGAAGAUGAUGCUUUAGAGGAAGAAAUCAUUGAGGAAGAAACUGAGGUCCAGAACAGCACAAGCAAGAAAAAGUCGAAUAUGUCAGCAUUCCAGUUACUGAUGGAGGAUGAUGAUGGAGAUGACUCGGGGUCGGACAAGAAUGAUGAUGAUGAUGAUGAUGAGAAAGAGGAAAUAAUAGAAGCCAAACCGAAAGUUGAAAGUAAUAAGUCAAAGUCAAAAAGUAAAAAGGACAAGAAAAAGGAACAAAAAGACGAGGACAUUGAUGCCAUUCUGGCUGACCUAGAAAAGCCCAAAGCAUCUAAGAAGAGUAAGAAAAAGAAAGGAGGGGAUGUUGAGGAAGAAGAGGGAGAAAAGGCUGCCAACAAUGACUUGCCGACUGAAGAGGAACUGGAGGCAAAGAUGCAAGCAAAGGUGGUAACAAUGGAGGACCUGGAAGAGGAAGAUGAGGACGAUAGGAAAAAGAGGAAAAAGAAAGGUAAGAAGAAGGACACUAAGGAAGAAGAAGAGGGUGAUAAAAUGGAUGAGGAUGAAGAAGGAGAAGAGGCUGAGGAGGGAUCAACAGUGAAGACUAAUGCCCAGAAACGUAAAGAAAAGAGAGAACGAGAGAAACUCAAGAAACAACAGGAUAAGAAAAAGCAAAAAGCAAAACCAUCUGAAGAAGCUGCUUCUACUGUGGUAGAAGCCGAGAGUACAGAAGGAGCCGCAGCAGCUGAAGAUGCUGAAGAUAAAGGUGAAAAGAAGGAUGAUGAGGACGAGAAGAAAGAUGAAAAAGAAGGAAAGAAGAAGAAAAAGAAAGGAGAAAAGGAAGAAAAAAAGAAAAAACCAAGGGCUCCUGUGGCUGCCAUCAAAGCGCAGUUAGAGAUGAUCAGAUUGGAGGAGGAGCGAAUCCGGAAAGAGGAAGAAGAGCGAGAAAAACGAGAAGAAGAGGAACGUUUGAGAAAAGAGGAAGAGAAACGUCUUGAGGAGGAGAGGAAGCAAAGGAAAAAGCAAAAAGAGAAAGAAAAGAAGGAACGCUUGAAACAGGAGGGUAAAUUAUUGACAGGAAAACAGAAACAGGAUCGACAAAGAGCGAUGCAGAUGUUGGAGGAAAUGAAGGCCAGAGGUAUUGAUGUUCCUAACAAAGACGAAAUUGUGAAGAAGCGUCCCGUCUACUCCAAUCGUAAGAAGAACCAGAAGCAACAACAUCAACAAACUGAGGAUACACCAUCACCAGUGGAAGAGGUGUCGCCCACAGCUUCGAUGGAUGAGAAAACGCCCGAACCAGAAACAAAAACUGAGGAAAAGCCGAAAGAGGACGCAGAUGACGUAGCUGAUGCUUGGGAUGCAGAGGAUGACACCAAGGAUGAGUGGGACGCAGAGGAUAAAGAAGAAGAAAAAGAAGAGGAAAAGGAGGUGGAGAAAACUGUCGAGCCUCCAGUUGAGGAAGAGAAGGAAGAAGAAGCAGAGGAAAGUGAAGAGGAGAGCGAAGAAGAAGAUGAUGAAGAAGAUGAAGAGGAAGAAAGUAGCUCAGAAGAAGAAGAGAGUGAAGAUGAUGAUUUGACGCCUAUAGAACGUGCUAAGGAACGCAUUAUGAAACGGAGAGAAGAGGCAGAGAAGAAUCGUACUACAGAUACGCUCCGGUCUCCUGUUGUAUGUGUAUUAGGGCAUGUCGACACUGGAAAAACCAAGAUCCUUGAUAAGCUCCGGAAAACAAAUGUCCAGGAUGGUGAAGCAGGGGGAAUAACUCAACAAAUUGGUGCUACAAAUGUUCCCGAGCACGCCAUCAAGGACCAGACAAAGAUGUGUAAAGAGUUUUCAAAGAAAGAAUUGAAAUUACCAGGAUUAUUAAUUAUUGACACACCAGGCCACGAGUCUUUCAGUAACCUGCGGUCCCGAGGAUCCUCACUCUGUGAUAUUGCUAUAUUGGUGGUGGACAUCAUGCAUGCCCUUGAACCUCAGACAAUCGAGUCCAUUAAUCUAUUAAAGCAACGUAAAACACCUUUUGUGAUCGCACUCAACAAGGUGGACCGUCUCUACCAGUGGAAACCCAUGCCUCAAACUGAUAUCGUCAAUGUCAUUAAAAAACAGAAUCCUCAGACAAAAGGAGAGUUUGAUAAGCGUGCCCGUGAGGUUAUCACUCAGAUGGCUGAACAGGGACUGAACUCAGCAUUGUUUUAUGAGAACAAGAACCCUAAGGAGUACAUCUCUCUUGUGCCCACCUCGGCUCACUCCGGGGACGGAAUGGGAAACCUGAUCGCUCUGUUGUGUGAGCUGUCACAGACCAUGCUGGCCAAACGUCUGUCCUACUGUAGUGAACUACAGGCCACAGUUAUGGAGGUGAAAGCACUCCAUGGUUUGGGGACAACGAUAGAUGUAAUCUUGGUCAAUGGAAAGCUUAAAGAGGGUAACCUUAUUGUGGUACCUGGCACAGAGGGGCCAAUCGUUACACAAGUCAGGGGUCUGCUGAUGCCCCAGCCGAUGAGAGAACUCCGAGUCAAGAGUCAGUGGGAACAUCAUAAGGAGGUGCUGGCUGCCCAGGGGGUGAAGGUCAUCGCCAAGGACAUGGAGAAAGCCAUCGCAGGGCUACCUCUGUAUGUUGCCAGAAAUCAGGAUGAAACCGAGUAUUAUAAGGAAGAACUGUCUGUAGCCUUGAGGGAAGUCCUGAAUGCCAUUAAGCUCUCGGAGCGAGGGGUGUUUGUUCAAGCUUCUACGCUAGGCUCACUGGAAGCUCUCUUGGAGUUUCUUAAAGUUUCCAAUAUUCCAUAUGCGGGCAUUAAUAUUGGUCCAGUCCACAGAAAAGACAUAAUGAAAGCUUCUAUUAUGUUGGAACAUGACACACAGUAUGCUGUGAUUCUUGCAUUUGAUGUACGGGUGGAAAGAGAAGCUCAGGAAAUGGCCGACAGUUUAGGUGUUACAAUAUUUACGGCGGACAUUAUAUAUAACUUGUUUGACAAGUUCAUUGCCUAUAGGAACGCUAUCAAAAAGAAAAAUCAGGACCUAUAUAGACAUAUAGCAGUGUUUCCAUGUAAAGUUCGCAUUCUCCCUCAGUACAUCUUUAACUCGCGUGACCCUAUUGUGUGUGGUGUCAUCAUAGAGGAUGGAUUCCUCAAGGAAGGGACGCCACUCUGUGUACCAAGUAAAGAGUUCCUGGAUAUUGGACGGGUUACCAGUUUAGAGGCUAACCACAAACACUUGGACAUUGCCAGGAAAGGCAUGGAAGUGUGUAUAAAAGUGGAACCCAUUCCUGGCGACACCCCUAAGAUGAUUGGCAGACAUUUUGACGAAACGGACAUGCUUGUGAGCAAGAUCUCCAGGAACUCUAUAGACGCUGUGAAGAACUACUUCCGUGAGGACAUGCUGAAACAGGACUGGCAACUCAUGGUUGAACUUAAAAAGAAAUUUGAGAUUUUAUGAAAUCCCUGGACGUCUGCAUGCAUGUGAUUGGAUGAAAGACAUGACCAAGGAAAGAGAGUUUGAGACACCUUUAGGACUCUCAGUCCCUAACAUGUCAUAUAGAUCUGGCUCUUAGAAUUUCAUGGAGGAAUAUUUCCAUGGUAACAAGUGCUUAUGAGAGAAUUUCAUGCUUUUUUCUUGCUGAAAAAAAGAAUACCCAGAUAACGUGACCAGGAGGAAGAAUUAAGUGCUGUUAAUUGAAUGGCACGGAAAAGAGACUGACAGCAUGCUCUUAUGAUCUUAUGGGGGAAAAUUACUGGAUGAUAAUAAGUAGCAACUGGAUAUAUGGCCAAUUCUACCUACACUUACCUCUGGGAGGUAGCGUGGUGUUGUUGUUGGUUACAUUACUACUGUAAAAUCAUUAGUUAAUUCUGUAAAACAGCAUUUAAUUGUCCAACUUUUAUUAUUUUCCCUGUGGACAAGAGGGUGAUAUGUUAUAGAGUCCAUCGGGAGUGGAUUUGUUUUCAAAGGCUGAAAAAAAAAAAAUCUAGAAUAGCUGAGAUGUGGUUGUGCAAUCUCAAAAUGAAAAAAGUUUUACCUUUCUAAGGGAAGUAACCAACAAAACUCCUUUUAUUUUGUUCAAUCUCCAUAAUGUUGAGGGUUGUGAAAAUGGCUCUGAAAUAGGAUUCUGUUUUAUCAUUAAAACAGCUGCAUCGGUAUACUUGGCCUUAACAAAUUAACAAAAAACAACCAGUACCAUUUUUAUUAGCUCAAGCCUUUUGGAAAUCAAUUCUUAAUAAGGCAAUAAUAUUGAUAUCAUAUCACAGAGUAAAACAUAUCUGAAAACAUUUUUGAGUCCUUAAAGGAAUAGUGUUAAAACCAACACUAAACGAAAAUGCUGUUGGAAGUCCUGUAAUUUUGUGGAAUUUUAUGUUUUACAUGUGGAGGUCAGAAACAGAUUAACAGAUCUGACUAUUCCUUACUAAAGGUUUGUGAAGAAGAUAUUUACUAAAUUCAUUCCACAUAAUCCCUCUGUGGGAGGUGUUAACAAGGGUCUGAUCCUUCACUGUGCCUCGCCUGAUAAUCUGAAAUGAUUUAAGGCUUUAUGGUACCUUCUACCAUCUUUAGUAUAUGUAAUUUGAGUUAUCUCCCUUAAAAUGAACUCUCUUUUUUGUUUAUAAAACCAGCAGAGAAAAAUUUCCAUUUGGAAAGAUUCUCAAAGAAUCAACUCUCUACUACAUUCAUAUGUGUUCUGGUUCAUCUACUAGACUUCAGAAUAAUGCCUAGUGGUAUACAACGCCUUCUUAAAUAAAAUAAUAAACAAAUGAAAAAGCAACUCUGAAGUCAUGUUUCCAAACAGUAUAUUCUAAUUUCUAAUUGUACAGCUGGUUUGUUGAUAAUUCAGAAUUAUCACCACUUAAAUCGGCUAUGCAUCAGGUCAUACCAAUAUUUUAGUGUGGAGCUAUUUCCUCCCAAGGGGAUAAAUUGAUGAUAAAGUAGCAUAUAUUUUUCAUUUUAUUUCAGAAUAUGGGUUAUGUUAAAGGUAAUUUGGUAGUUUCUCGUGUGUGAUCAUGAAACAGUACCUAGAGAAAAGUCGAAAGAUAUAUAAUAAAAAAUAAAAUAGGUAGGGAUAUUUCAUAUGGAAGACUGCAAUUAUCCAUUCAUAAACAAGAUUGUCGUGGUUAUAAUGAUUUAUGCACCAAUAGCAUAUAAUACAAGUUGAGUCAUUUUUCACGUAAUUAAACAAGACUGCAGCAGUGUGUACUGUAAAAGUACUUUGUAGCAGUAAAAUUGUCCAUAAUGACUGCAGCAUUUCAGGUGUCCACUACAAAUCUGAAACAGCCAGUUUGUCCAUAAUAAGAUUCUGUCCAACACCUACAGCAUUUAUCUAAAUCACGGACUUCGAGUUAAUAUUAAUCCAAGUCUGUGUCUAAAUACUUGUCAAUCAGAAAUGAAAUUUCUUCAUCUUGACGAUUCCUUGUGGUUUUUGAUGAAAUGUAGGUGUAUGAAAUACCGACGAAAAAAGUAGAUAUUUUGUGAUGCACCUCUGUCUGUGUAUUAUAUAAACUGUUAAUAGAGGUACCUCUAUGUACAGCAUUUACAAAGACAAGCUGGAAAAUCUCCACAAUUCUCAAAAUGCUUGAAAAAUUUUGGGGGAUAUUUAUUUUUACAAAAGAUUGCAAUUCUCUCCCAAAAUGCUUCUUUUGCAGUUGCUAUGGAUGAUGAAGAAAUAAGUUGAAUAUAUCAAGAAUAAAUUCUAUUUCUUCAGUACUAUAA